AUGCACUCAGAGAGGAUGCACACUCAGGACGAAGAAAAUCAAGAGAAACACAGCAAUGUCGUGUCACACGAAUUGCCGCAGCCGGAGUUGCAGCGAAGGCUCAAAAGCAGACAUCUACAGAUGAUCGCAAUGGGAGGUGCCAUUGGAACAGGUCUAUUCAUCGGUAGUGGAAGUGCUAUCGCUACUGCGGGCCCUGUCGGCUCCUUGAUUGCAUUCGCCUUCAUUGGAUCAAUCGUGUAUUCAGUCAUGAUAGCCUUGGGUGAGGUAGCCACCUACCUACCAAUCGCAGGAGCGUUUGCUACAUAUGCGACGCGGCUGGUUGAUCCCAGUCUAGGAUUUGCAAUGGGCUGGAUCUACUGGUUUUCAUGGGCCUCGACAUUUGCCCUUGAAUUGACAGCUACUGGCCUAAUCAUUCAAUAUUGGGAUGACACAAUCCCAAUGGCAAUCUUCAUUGCUGUAUUUUGGGUUGUGAUUAUAAUUUUGAACAUGUUUCCUGUGAGCUGCUACGGUGAAGUCGAGUUUUGGCUUUCGAGUAUCAAAAUCAUCACCGUUGUCGGCUUUAUGAUAUUUGCCAUUUGCAUCAAUGCUGGUGUUGGCAGGGAGGGUUAUCUUGGAUUCAGAUACUGGGUUCAUCCAGGCCCCUUCCGUGCAUAUCUGAUCGAGGAUCCCGGCAAAGAUGCACUGGCUAAAUUCGUCGGAUUUUGGGCCAUUUUGAUCAAAGCCGGAUUUUCAUACCAAGGCACCGAGCUUGUCGGUAUUGCCGCGGGUGAAACGGAAAAUCCUCGCAAGAAUAUCCCCUCUGCGAUUCGAAAGACUUUCUUCCGCAUCGUGUUUUUCUUUGUGUUUACGAUCUUCUUCGUCGGUAUCGUCGUACCAGCUAACGACGAACGCCUUACCUCCGGUGACACAAAUGCAGAUGCGUCCCCCUUUGUGAUCGCUGCGAAACGUGCCGGUGUCAACGUUCUGCCUAGUAUCAUCAAUGCAGUACUACUCACUGUGGUCCUCUCCGCGGCGAAUUCAAACGUUUACAGCGGCAGUCGGAUUCUAGUUGGUUUGGCUCAUGAGGGCUUCGCUCCCCAGUUUUUCUUGAAAACGACCAAACACGGCGUGCCUUAUGCAAGUGUUGGGUUUACAGCUCUUUUUGGCCUGUUGGGCUUCCUCAAUGUGUCAAAUGCUGGAGCCACUGUUUUCAACUGGUUGAUGCAGAUUGCUGGCUUAGCAGGCUUUAUUACCUGGGCAUCUCUUAAUAUUUGCCAUUUGGCAUUUAUGAGAGCCUUGGCUGCACAGGGUAUCUCACGCGACACUCUCCCAUAUAAGGCUUCCUGGCAGCCGUUUUUCUCAUGGUACGGCUUGUUCUUCAACGUCCUUAUCAUCAUCACUCAAGGGUUCACUGCGUUCAUUCCGAAAUUCAGUGUUACGGACUUUUUUAUCAACUACCUCAGUUUGUUAUUGUUUGCAGUGCUAUACAUUGGGCACAAAAUUGCUUGCCGCCCAAAGUUUGUGGAUCCUGCCGAAGCUGAUAUUGACUCGGGGCGAUGUGAGGAAUGA